UACAACAUUGGUUCAAUCUUUCAGACACAUUAUUUACCUUGUCCAGAUUACAUAUCCAGAGCCUCAUCACUACCGUCAUCCUACGUCAUGGAUAGAUUGUGUCGUCUGCUCUGGUUUGCUUACCUUGGCUUGCAUGUGACUACAGGUGAUCAUGUUGCCAAUACUUGCACGGAAAAUGGGAUCAAUGUGUUUGGUUGUCAGGGUGUACGUAUUGAAGCUCAAACCAACAGCCGCGUGGAGAUUGACAUCCUGAAUACAACCCGAGUAAACCGACGGACGAUCAACAUUGAGUUUGAAUUCAAGACUAAUUCAUCAAACGGUGUAAUUUUAUAUGGGAAGAUGCAAGAUAAGAAGAACAUGAUCGCGUUUUUUCUUACUAAUGGGAAAAUGAACUACAGGCACUUCUGCACAUCGAUGAAUUCUGAAAUGUCACUCUUGAAAUGUAAUGACGACAGAUGGCAUAAACUUACCUUCACGGGGUAUUAUCGGAACAAGUUAUUCACCACUAUUAUGACGAUUGAUGCUUAUAGACAAAAUCUUGCGAAAAGUGCCGAUUGUGAGCCUUUAACAAAGAUAGAAUUUGGAAUGUACCCCAUCGCCAACAGAGACUAUUCCCAUCCCUGGAUGUUAAAGACUAACGUCAGCGAGUUUGAAGGAUGUAUACGACGACUAAAAUUACCAGGACGCUUCACAUCUCGGCCUAAAUAUUUCUUUGUAUCUGGUUGCUAAAAUGUAAGAUGACAACAGA